GCAUCCGCGCGGGGGAGCGGACGGUCCGGUGCUGAAUGGGCGCGAGCGCGGCGCCGGGGACGGGCGGGGGCGCGGGGCCCGGGACUGGAGGCCGGCCAGCGCCCCCUCCCUAGCAUGCGGACGAAGGCUGCGGGCGGCGCGGAGCGGCGUCCCUUGCAGCUGCGAACCGAGGCGGCGGCGGUGGCGGUGGCGGCGGCACCUGCCGGCCGAGAAAGAGAGCGCAAGCAGAAGGAAGAGGCAGAGGGAGAGGGAGAAGCAGUCUCCCAACUGUGAGCAGGGAUCCCAAUUCUGUGGAGCUCAAUCCCAGGACCCCAGGAUCAUGACCUGAGCUGAAGGCAGAUGCUUAACUGACUGAGCCACCCAGCAAUGCCCAGUGAGUAUAACUGUGUGAAACUGAGAAGUGAUCGCUCAAGACCCUCUCUGCAAUGGUACACCCGAGCUCAAAACAAGAUGAGAAGACCCAACUUAUUGUUAAAAGACAUCCUUAAGUGUACAUUGCUUGUGUUUGGAGUGUGGAUCCUUUAUAUUCUCAAGUUAAAUUAUACUACUGAAGAAUGUGACAUGAAAAAAAUGCAUUAUGUGGACCCAGACCGUGUAAAGAGAGCUCAGAAAUAUGCUCAGCAAGUCUUGCAAAAGGAGUGCCGACCCAUGUUUGCGAAGAAGUCGAUGGCGCAGUUGUUCGAGCACAGGUACAGCACGGACUUGCCACCUUUCGUGAAGGAGACCCCCAAAAUGAAUGAAGCCGAGUACAAGUAUGAUCCUCCUUUUGGAUUCCGAAAGUUCUCCAGUGAAGUCCAGACCCUGUUGGAAAUACUGCCCGAGCAUGACAUGCCCGAACACUUGAGAGCAAAGAGCUGUAGGCGUUGUGUGGUCAUUGGAAGCGGUGGCAUACUCCACGGACUAGCACUGGGCCAGGCCCUCAACCAGUUCGAUGUGGUGAUAAGGUUAAACAGUGCACCAGUUGAGGGAUAUUCUGAGCAUGUUGGUAAUAAAACUACUAUAAGGAUGACUUAUCCAGAGGGCGCGCCACUGUCUGACCUUGAAUAUUAUUCCAAUGACUUGUUUGUUGCUGUUUUAUUCAAGAGUGUUGACUUCAACUGGCUUCAAGCAAUGGUAAAAAAUGAAACCCUGCCAUUUUGGGUGCGGCUCUUCUUUUGGAAGCAGGUGGCGGAAAAAAUCCCACUACAGCCAAAACAUUUCAGGAUUUUGAAUCCAGUUAUUAUCAAAGAGACCGCCUUUGACAUCCUUCAAUACUCAGAGCCCCAGUCAAGGUUCUGGGGCCGAGAUAAGAACGUGCCCACCAUUGGUGUCAUUGCCGUUGUCUUAGCCACACAUCUGUGUGAUGAAGUCAGCUUGGCAGGCUUUGGAUAUGACCUCAAUCAACCCAAAACACCUUUGCACUACUUUGACAAUCUCUGCAUGGCUGCCAUGAACUUUCAAACCAUGCAUAAUGUGACAACGGAGACCAGGUUCCUCCUCAAGCUGGUCAAAGAGGGCGUGGUGAAGGAUCUCAGCGGAGGCAUCCAUUGUGAAUUCUGAACACAGGGAAACCUCAUGUGACAAUGCAACUCUGACUCUGAAGGCUGUUUUUCGUAGCCUUCUCGAUGCAGCGCAUCCUGCAAAAUACUUUGAGGUGCAGCUGGGGUUUUUAACUUUUAAUUUAAAAAACAACAGUUUUGCUCUUCCCACUUUGUCCCCCCUAUUUAUUUGAGGUCGGUGUUUUUGCACAAAAUUUUGUAAGGUGAUUUUGAGAAUUGAAUUGGAAAGACUUUUCCAAGAGACUUCUAUGUAAUGAUGUUUUAUUGUAUUUUAAGAAGAUUAUUUAAUUUGUAAAAACUCUGUCCACGUCUACUGCACAUAGAAUAUCAGGUAAUUAAGUGGAAGGAGAAUGGAGGUCACUCCUUUGAUGAGAGCCCUGAAUGCCUGAUUCUGAUUCCUUGUGACUGUUUGGUGGGACACAUGCCGGGGGCACUUCCGGGAUGAUGUGCUCAGGAGCUAAACCACGGGUACUGAUUCAGCCAUGCUGCUGUGCGAGGCCUGGGCUGAUCGGAGAAGUUCACGGCCCCUCUCUGUGGGUCUGUCUUCUGCCAGAAGACUUGCAACAAUCAACAAGGGAGGAACUGUCCUGGGUGUCCCUGUUUGGGAAGGGGCACAGAAGACAUUUUCUGUGUCCUCUGAGUAUACAAAGCCAGCUUGGGCUGCAGAAGCCACUGUCUUCCCUGAAAUUGUGACAACUCUUGAAUUUCUUGAGUGUUUUUUUACUGCCCUUCCAAAAGCACAUAAAUGUUAAUCUAAAGUGUUCCACUGCCUGCCUGAGGUGGCUUAUAAAAAUUAGGACACAAUCUUUGUUACCAGAGUUGUAGCAAAGUAAACCCUUUCCAAGCAUAGUCACAUUUUCUGAAACACUGAAAUAAAAUCUUUCUGGUGUUAUAAAUUGCCUAUUUAAAAAAAAACAAACAUUUUUUUUAAUGCCUACCUGGCAGUGGUGUACCAGACAAUGUGCUGGUCAAAUGAACAAACCAAAAAGGGACAAAAGCUUUUGAGGAGCUCUCACAGUCUACUUCAUUUGAGCACUUAAAAAAAAAGUCCAUAAUCUCCCUGAAAUAUCCUUGGCUGCUGCUAGGUGGAGACCUCGGUGGGGGAUGCCGCAGUGAGCCACAGAGCAGAGGGUGCCUCCUCCUGCCAGGGCUGCCUCCCUGCAGCUCUGGAUGCUCGAGUGUCUGGCUUCCUCCCAGAGAACAGGCUUGUUCCAGCUUCUGACUCUUAAUUGCUCCAGUCUUUGUCAUCAGAGGGUUGGCAGCUACUUUGCUCCCUCCCUGCCCCAUCGAGGGUAGGUUCACCUCUCUGCUCUCUGCCUCUGCCUUCCAGUCCCGCUGUAGCUCUGACUCCCAGCCUGCUCCCGUGCCUCGAUGUCUGUCCCCUCCUCAGCACUCGCAGGGCGGGGGAGCCAGUCACAGUGUUCACACGGGGGCCCUGAUCUCCAGGGCCCCAGGGUCAAGUUCAGAGUCGCCAGCCUAGCAAAAUAGGAUUUCUCUGCAUUAGUGACUUAACAUUUUCUGCAGAUUUUGCUCUUUUUUUACUAAAUACUGUUUAAGAGAAAAUACUUGGAAAUUUUCGCCAGCUAAAUGACUUAAUGUUGAGAAUUGAGACUCAGGAAGGUGGUCCACAGCUGUCCUGUGACUCGGUAAGGCCAGCCCUGCACCAUCCACCUCCAGCCCCUUGCCCAUCAGGGGCGACUUGAAACCUGAUUUUUUUUUUAAACAGUUUGACAAAAGCCAGGGUUUGGAACUUCCUUAGACAACUUUCCUGGUGUUUGUGAGCACCUCCCCCGUGGGCUAUGUGGCCUCAUGUGCCACUGCCCUGCAGGGCCGCUUGGAGGUGUGUAGUUCCGUGCCCAGCACCUGGCAGCUUUCAGCCAAUGUCAGGCCUGGCCCCCUCACCACCUCUCCUCUGUAUGGCCGUUUGUGCCUUCUUACAUUGCUUUUCCCAGGCCUCUCACCUCUGAAUUACUUGCAGGGAGUAAGUGCUCCGUGGCCUUAAAUAAAUGAGUAAAACACAUAAUUUUUUCAAAGACCUUUUAUGGAGCCCACCAGCCAGUCGGAGUUGAUCCAAGAACUUUUAGCAGGUUGGCAACUAUUUAUUAGAAGUGGCUUCUUGGCUUCAGACUUAUUCCUCCCUCACCCCACCCCACACAUACUCGCUCUUUGGGGAACAGACUUCUAGGUGCUUCAGGAUGUCACAGGUGGAUCGCCAGUAACAGGCUUCACUCCACCCCUCUGACUUUGUAGAGCUUUGUAGGUGCACUCGCAUCCCUCGUAUGGGGCAGGAGUCCUUGCUUUUGAGGUAACUGAGGACAAUGUAUAUAUGUUCUGUAUCUUAACAUACAUCUUACCAGAACUUUGGACCACAGAAAAUUUCAGUGAGUUGUAUGGUUUGUUUUUAUUUAUUUGUUUUGUCUCCUACAGAGAGCAGAACCUAGGCCCACCUUAGGAAAAUGCUUGGGGACUGGAUGAGUGUGUGUCAUGUUUUCAGGCAAAGCUAAACUGGGAUCAUCUACACAACUUCAUGUAUUCUAGGUGUCCCCUUUCCUUCAUGGCUCCUUUUGUGUUGCACUGGGUUUUUCCUUUCCCUAGAGUAUAUCGAUAAAGCAUUGGCAAUAUCUGUUUUCACA